AGGCUCGAGCCGAGCUUGAUCCGGAUUAAAUGAACCAGAUCGUCACUCCAUUUCUCGCUCCGCCUUGCGGGUCGAACCGCCUCCACCCUCUUUGCUCUCGCGAUCUCGCACGGGAGUCUGCAGCCGUCGCACUCUGACGCCGUCCGCUCUGGCCGAGUGCCCUUCCCCUUUCUCUCUCGCAUCACAGUUCUUCCGGCGAUAAGGCCUCUCUUCAGCAGAGAGUGCACCGUCACAGAGAACUUUCUUGCUGCUCUACUCUGUUAACAGCUAUAUCGUCCCGGAAGUAAAACUUGUGUGCCUACUCGUAAGCCUUGAGGCAAUAAGGAUUAUAUGCGGCAGCAAGAAAUUGUCCUUCCCCCCUUUGAUUGCCUAAUUUUUGUUAUUUGGGUGAAUCGCAUCGUGAUCAGGUAGUUUUUUCCCCCCUCUCUCGCUCUGUUGAAUCGGGAAGACUUGUAAUGAAAGGUAAAGGAUGUGGUGGUGCCGAUAUCAUCAACAAAUUCUAGGCCAUGCUAGAGUACUUUUGACAUCACAUUGUAGGCCGCAAUGUCAUCCCUUCUCUUUUCGUUACUCUGGCAUUCCCAAAAAAAGAGGAAAGCUGGCUCCUUUGCAGGAAAGGAAAAUGGUGGAUAGGAUCAGAUUGUGGGCCAAAGGAGGUGAAGGUGGGAAUGGGUGUUGUAGCUAUAGACGUAGCAGAGCUGCCCGUUAUGGUCAACCUGAUGGUGGAAAUGGUGGCAGAGGUGGUGAUGUCAUUCUUGAAUGCUCUCCGUCAGUUUGGGACUUCAGUAAUUUGCAACAUCACUUGAAUGCACAAAGAGGAGGGCAUGGCACUUCAAAGAAUAAAUUAGGAAGCCGUGGGCUUGACAAGGUUGCUCAAGUACCAGUUGGCACUGUAAUACACCUUGUUAGUGGUGAGACUCCUGUUGCAGAAGAUUCUUCUAACCCAUCAUUGGACCCCUGGGAUAUACCAGUUGAUGUUAACCAAGCCAAUUCUAAUCACCAAAAAAAUGAGAAAGUUGAUCUAUCUCAUUCGGCUGGAGUGGAAGCUUUUCAUGGUUCAACUUUGAACUCUGAAGAUGAUGUUAAUAAAUCAGUUCAUGUUAACAAAGAAAGGUUGGAUUUGUCUCCAGACAAGGAAUCUAAAUAUGACAAGCAUGAUGGUGCAAAUGAAAUCUGCAAAAUCAGCAUGGAGGAAGAUGAGGAAGACGAUGAGUUGAUGGAUGAGGAAGAUGAGGUGGUGGCGGAAUAUUCAGUUGCUGAAUUAACUCAACCAGGGCAACGAUUAAUAGUUGCACUAGGUGGAGAGGGUGGUCUUGGUAAUGUUGCUUUAAUGAAAGAUAGCAAGUCUUUCAGAAAUACAAGUGAUCAAAAUGGUGUUUUGAAUCAAGGAACCAUGGAUCAGACAUUGCCUACUACUGGCAGACCUGGCUCUGAAAGUCUUAUCAUAUUGGAACUAAAGAGUAUUGCCGAUGUGGGUCUUAUUGGUAUGCCUAAUGCUGGUAAAAGCACGUUGUUAGGAGCUCUUUCAAUGGCUAAGCCUGCAGUGGGCGAUUAUGCAUUUACCACUCUUAGGCCCAACAUAGGAAAUCUAAAUUUUGAGAGUUACUUCUCUGUUAAGGUUGCUGACAUCCCUGGUAUUAUUAAAGGAGCUCAUGCAAACCGUGGGCUUGGCCAUGCUUUUUUGAGGCACAUAGAGCGCACAAAAGUUCUGGUAUAUGUUGUUGAUUUAGCAGCGGCAUUGGAUGGCAGGAAGGGCAUUCCUCCAUGGGAACAACUAAGAGAUCUAGUUUUGGAGCUUGAAUAUUACCAGGAAAAUUUGUCAAGUAGACCUUCCUUAGUAGUUGCUAACAAAAUUGAUGAAGUGGACGCUGAAAAUGUCUUGAAAGAACUACAGAGAAGGGUCCAAGGUGUCCCCAUAUUUCCAGUAUGUGCUGUCUUGCAAGAGGGAGUACCUGAACUUAAAUAUGGUAUUAGGAGGCUUAUAGAUGGUUAUGAGUUGCACAGACUCACUCUAGAGAACAUAUUGGUUGACUAGCCUAACUUAUACACUGGCUUGCUGCAGUUCUCAUGGUCAACCUUACAUAAGAAGGUGCAAAGUUAGGUUUGAGGUAUAAGCACUUAACACCCUCCAAAAUGCUUACGCAUUUGCUAGCCACGUAUUUGUUUCUGUUUUGGCAUAUUAAUUGCUAUGGUAGAGACAGAUUUUAGCUGAAGAUGGCUUGUCUGCAGCAGGCUUCAUGUACUAGAAUGGCGCUAAUUUGUUUAGGCAUUCAUGAAUAAUUGCCAGUCAUCAACUAGGUGAUACUUUGUUAUCUGUAUCAAAAACAGAGAAAGCAUAAACAUUUUGGCCCUUUUAAUCUCAUGUUUAUGUUAUUAACGAGAAUAGUUUACUUUUCACUGUU